AUGAAUGUCCGUGAAAGACACAUAUCGACGCUUUGGUGUUGGACGGAAGCUCGUCGCAGCACUCGAGAAAUGGGCUCAAGAGAACAGAUUUUGGAAGGUCUGGUUGACGAUGGGAGCGUCAUGGACAAGGCCAGAGCGUUCUACCCCUCGGUGGGGUUUAGGCAGACAACCGUCGCCGGAGUCAGCAAAUAUCUCUACUUCGAGGUGUACACAUUUGAGAAGGUCCUGGAUGCCCCGUUGAAUGCCAAAACGACAUUGUUGUACGCCAGUUCCGACCGGGGGGCGGUGGCGCUCUUUGAGGACGGCAUGAUGCACUACCCCUCAUCAAUGACGUACAGCAAACCUGGAGGAAACUUUUGGGUUGCAACACCUCGAUUGAAGCCGACCGAAAUGGUGGGGAUAGUGGGUCUCGAAUCUCAGGACGCCAACGCAGGAAAGCUACGCCGCAUGUCUGUGAAGGAGAACUAUCGACGCCGUGGUGUUGGUCAUCUGCUGAUUCAGGUACUUGAAGAUUGGGCCAAGAAGCAUGGCUACCACAAGAUUUGGCUGGGCGCAGGAACUGUGAUGGAGAAGGCGCGUGCGUUCUACUCGUCUGAGGGCUACACCCAGACAAAAACUUUCGUUAUCAACGAGGAUCCGCAUAUCGAAGGAGUCGUCUCUGAAAAGACGCUGGAUAACGAUGCAAUUCGUAAGAAUACGCAUAUCGCUUGA